AUGUUAAUUAAGGAAUAUAGAAUUACAUUACCAUUUACCAAGGAAGAAUAUAGGUUGGGUCAAAAAUAUAUGACAGCCAGAAAAACCCAUGAAUCUUCAAAUGCAGGUGAUAAUGUUCAACUUUUGGAAAAAAGUUCAUUUACAGAUAAAAAUGGUGUAAAAGGUACAUUUACUCACAAAGUAUUUCUUUUGAAAAAAUCUUUACCAAGAUAUGCUUCUGCAAUUUUACCAAAAAGUGCUUUAAAAAUUGAAGAAAAAUCUUGGAAUAGUUACCCAAAUACUAAAACAAUUUAUAGUUGCCCAUUUUUUGGUGAAAAGUUUUAUUUAUGUAUUGAAUCUAUUCAUAAAGAUGGUAGAGAUGAAGAAGAGAAUGUAUUUGGAUUAAGUAAAGAUAUAUUAAAGAAAAGAAUAGUAGACCAUGUUGAUAUUGCAAGAGAUGAAGUUGAAGGAAAAGAUGUCAAAACAGAUGAAGAUCCAAGAAUGUUUAAAUCAAAAUUAACUGGUAGAGGUCCAUUAACAUCGCCAAAUUGGAGAAAAGAGGUAAAUCCGGCAAUGGUGGUUUAUAAAUUAGUAACUGUAAAUUUCAAUUAUUGGGGAUUCCAAAAUAGAGUUGAAAAUUUAGUUCAAACCAAUGGUUUAAGAGAAGUAUUUCUAAAAGCACAUAGAUCUCUCUUUUGUUGGAUGGAUGAAUGGAUUGAUUUAUCAGAAGAACAAAUUGAACAAUUUGAACAAUCAACUUAUCAAUUAAUGAUGAAUAAUACAAUUGAAAACAAACUAAAUGAAGAUAUAAAAAAUAUGAACAUUUCCGAAAAAAAAGGAAAUCAACAAAACACCUAUUCAAAAGGUGAUUUUAAAUGUCCAAAUGUUAAUUGUCAACAUGUUUGUAGUGAAUGUAAACAUAUGUUGAUGACAACUACAACUACAACUACAAAAACUGUAACUGAAACAACUACAACUGUUCAAUCUCCAAUUUGUUAUAGAAAUAUGGUAUGUUGA